AGCAGCAGCAAUUUCUAUCAGCCUGUCAAUCUCACGCUUGCUCGACGUGUUUUUCAUCGCGCUAAUAAAAGUAAAAGUGUACUAUCUCUUCUGAAUGGUUUUUUUUCAACUUCGUUUUUGAAUUAUAUAGUGUGCGUGCAUGUUUUACUUAAUUGAUUUGUAUACAUAAUCACAUUUUAUUCGGGGCUUAAAUAAGACAGUGACAGUGACAGUGCAAGAUUCAAGUUCAACUUCGACUCAAUUGAAAAACAGUCAUGGGUCUUUCUCACUUCAAUGAUUGCGAGAAAACUUCAAAAACGUAGUUAAAGCGAAGACCUUGGGAAAAAUCCUUAAUAGCAGAAUCUUGCAUGACAAUCGUGCGUGCCUCCAUAACCUCGCUUAAAUGAUCAAAAUGAUAAACCUAUAAUAAAAGUUUGGUCGGACUAAUUUGUUUUAAGUUUCAAGAGAAGCCAAAUUAUUGCUUUCGAGGUGAAAAUAAUGUACCAUAAUCAUGGAUCAGACGGAGAUGCGAUGCUGCGUUAAGGAAUUGGAUCUCACGUUGCAGCCACGUACUGCUCCGAGAUACAAAACUUGGCUGCUUCUUGCUACACAACAGCUUCGCUUGAGGAGUUUAAUCCAAAUUAUUGGCUAUAAAUUGAAAAUAAAUGGAGACCAAAAACAUGAUAGUUGUUGGUUUUAUUAUACCAUACAUAGGACAAGUAUGUCAUCUCCUCUUUACACAAGUGAACCAAUUGACAAUACAAGUCCAAGAUGGUCAAGCCUUGAAGUGCCUACUUUGCAUGGUACAGGACACUCCAGUGCUAAUGAGAUAAUAUUAAGGCUGUGGAAAAGAACCAAAAAAGAUGAUCCAUUGUCAGACCUCACAUUAUUCACAUGGGGUAUAUCAUUUACCGGCUUAUCUUAUAUUGGGCCCAGAUUACCUGCUGAUUUAUCAACUAUGCUCCAUGAUAAUUCACUAAUUUUUUAUUUACAUGGUGGAUAUUAUACACCACCUUUCUGUCUUCUUCUACCACCUGAAUCAAAAAGGUAUCUUGUAAUGAAUAUCAGUGCAUCCGAAGUUAGAGACAGCUAUGCAGUCAGUAAAUUAAGUAGCUUGAGAAGUAAAAUGCAAGCUUUAAAACAACAAACUGAUUCUGUACGAAAUUUGAGAGAAAAGAUAGCAUCAGGGGAAAGCAUAUCUGUACCAAAAUAUCCACAAUCAUCGCUCAAUAGGCUAUUACAACCAAAGAAGCUAAACAGAGAAAAGAAGGCUGAAAUUUUAAAAAUUCGCAAGGAUCUUGAAAUUGCCAAGUUUAGAACAAAGUUACUAGAACAAGAAAGAUUACGAAAGAUGAGUGAAAUCAGAACAUUGAAUCAAUUUCAUUCUGACUUGAUGGAAGAGAAUCAAGAUCGCGGCUCUGAUUUGAUGGAUAGAUAUCAAGAACUGCACAAAGAGAUCGAGAGAUUAAACGAGUGGCGACAAAAUCAUAUAGAUUCUAGAGAGGCUUACGUUCAAACAACGGCUCAUCUUGCUUAUCGCCGCAGACAGCUUAUUUCUGAAUUAAGCUACAUCUAUCCUAUUGUAAAAGAAAAAGACGAUAAAUAUCUUAUCAAUGAUAUACAUUUACCAGAUAGUGAAAAUUUAGACUCAACCAAUGAUACUCAAGUAGCAGUUGCUCUUGGUUUUGUUGCUCACACGACUCAAAUGAUAGCUAAUUUUUUGAAUGUUCCUACUAGAUAUCCUAUUGUACAUUAUGGUUCCCGCAGUAAAAUUGUUGAUCAUAUAACACAAAAUCUUUCAGACUCUGACAGGCAAUUUCCUCUUUUUGUCCGAAGUAAAGAUAAAUUACAGUUUCACUAUGCUGUAUAUUUGUUAAAUAAAAAUAUAGCGCAGCUGAAGUGGUACUGCGGUUUACCUACGACCGAUUUGCGAGCUACGUUACCAAAUAUCGCCAGUUUAAUUAAUAUAAAACCAAGUCAUACUCUCGAUAAUUCAAAAAGAACUUUAUCAGGCUCAUCAUUAGAUGUGGAUAUAAUUAAUAAUAGAAGCAAUCUGGCUCUUACACCACCACUACACAAAAUUGUUGAAAGAAGUCACAGAACGACUCGAUCAAUAAGUCAGUUCAAAGGCACAAAGACUUUGCUUGGGGCUUCUCUUGAUCAAGGAUUGAAUCAACCUAUGAUGCAAUCACGAUUUUUGAAUGUUCAAGCAAAACGAAUUUGUAAAUCUGAAGAAUGUGCAAUCGAUGAUACAACGUUAGCUCUGCCUCAGAGAUCCUGUGAAAUGAAUAGCAAUGAAACUUUGAACGAAACUCUUUUUAGUAAAACGAAAGAUAUAUCUAACAAAAAUAACGUAAACUGCAAUGAUGAUCAUGCCAAGAAUAAUGAUACUUUGGUAGAAAGUGAUAUUGAAAUAAUGGUGCCAAUGUCGGUAUCAAAGUUGAAAUGUAAUUCAGAUGAGGCAGAAAAUCCAGCAAAUUUCCGACAGAGAAGCUCUAAUUCUAUCAGUAGUUGUGAAAUGGCUCUAAGUAGUAGUAUGGCCGAUGGUGAAGAUAGUUCUAAUGGUAACUCAUCGAUUAAAAACGACGACAAUGGUGUGCAUAUGAAUCAAGAAAAUAAAAAAUGUGAUAAUGUUAAAAAUGUUUCUGUCCAUCAAAAUACUGAAACAGAACAAUCUAAAGAAUAUCCUACGGCAGAGGGGUCAAAAGAGUUAUGUGUUCAGAGGCUACGUCUAGAUCGUAGGGCCGUUAUAAGUCAUUCCUUACUUGAAACAGAAAAAAGUGAUAGUGUAAAACUAAAUUUAAAUGAUAGCUUAGGCGAUAGUCUAAACUUACAAAAAGGAAAGACAGUUAAAUGUGAUACAGAAAUAAGGCAAGAUCAGACAACAGCUCAAGAAGCUAUUACAAGUAAUGCUACAUCUCAAGAUCUUUCCAGAGAAUUUUUGAAUGAUUAUGACUGUGAUUCAUUGUUAGAAAGCGAAAUAGAUGAAAGUGAAUGCGAAAUACAAAAUAAAAUAAAAUCUAUUGACUUCACGUCAUCAACUGAGUAUAUGGAUUCUAUAAGACGGAGUUCAGAAAAUGUUUAUGCACGGACGGAAGCCUUAGCAAAUAAGACUACUAGUUUCAAGGUAAUGAGGCCACGUCUAUAGAAU